AGAGCUUCUGCUCUGCGGGGGUGCAGAUGGUGUAAUUCAGCAUGGCGCUGUUUAGUCCACGCCCCUGAUAACACCCCUUACUUUGUCUGUGGAUGAGGCCAAACAGAAGACGCUCAUAGCAACAAGCUGAGAAAACACGUCCGUGUUUGAACUCGGACUCACACUGAAGCGAACAGGCGACCGCACUAGGGCAGACUCCGUUUUCCGAAGGAACGAUUUUUGAAGAUACGUCAGUUUUAAUAGUUCGCCUCUUUUGGGUUCACGUUAACGAUGUCGUGAUAUGAAGACCGCCCUCCUCCUUCGACAGCAAGACCCCUGACUAGCCAGCCUCUCCGGAAGAGAACCGAAUAGCGUUAUUUCAGGAGGGCUAGCUUCAGCUAGCCGCGGAGCUAGGUAGCAUAAUCAGAAAAGUCGGGAGUUUUUGAGUGGUCUAAUUACGUGUUUGAACAUCCCCCCUGACUGGGAUGCUUCUUUUGGUAGAUAAAAGUAUCCGCGCUCCGAAAGACGCAGAGAGCGACCGUGGUCGACACCGGGGAGGUGUUUGGACUCAAACUAGCAUAUCUUUGGGAGCGGCGCUCAUAUGGACGGAUGUUUUCGCUCUGCUGCACGUUUCACUUUUCUCCCUGGAGUGUUGAGUCCCUGUUAGAGCACGACGUUUUUCAGAAGGACUGCAUGUCAGCAGGAGAACUUGUUUUUAUUUAUGUCGACCGUGUUUUAGGAUUUUAGCACUCGUAUACAUGUAUUUAAUCAUUACACGCGGACCGUGGUUCAUGCUAAGCAAGCGUUUCCCACAGUUAACUCCGUAGCCCAGACACACAACUGUAGGUUGACGUUAUCACAAAUAUGUUAGCUUAGCUGAAUGUAGCCUAGCUAGUAAACCGUCCGGAACCGAAGCGGAAAACUGUUCAGAAGGAUCAUGAUCCAACUCUCCGCCACUUUUGGCAGUUUACACGUAAGCUAGCUAACAACUCGAGCUAAUUCGCUAAAGAGUAGGUGCCGUUCUAGACAUGACAUGAGGUUGUAGUAGUGAAAUUUGCUGAUCCAGUGAACGUUGCGACCGAGGGAGGCUUGUUUAGCACCUCUAAACCAAGGAUUUUUUGGAAAGAAAGGAACAAAGAAGCAUUUGAUGUUGACUUCAUCAACUGGCCACAAUCAUGAUGAUACUGAGCAGAAAACCAGACGGUCCCAUCACAGCAGCUCGACAUGGAGAUGGUCUUUAUGAUUCUUACAUGCGCACGGACCAUAUUGUGAAUGAAGAUGGUGAACUGAAUGGACAGAGCCCCUCUGGACUACCUCCACUAUCCAAACACACAGGUGUAAACAAGCCUACCAUGAAAGAUCACCUGGGAGUCAGAGGAGGACAGAUGAAGGUGAAGUACUUGUACGAGGACUCGUACAAUCGCAAGCCCAAUGGUGUGAUCCAGCACAAUGGUACCAGCCAAACUCCUGCCAAGCCCCAGCCUACUCUCUCUAAAGAGAGAAGUGUGGACAGCAACAGUUCAGCCAAGUCCUCUGAUAGCUCAGUCAAGCCCACCAAACUAGGAGGUCCUCUCACUUCAGAGCAGGUGCUGAAGCAGCAUAGACAACAGCUGACUGCACUAGAGCAACAGGAGAUCCAUAACUACCCUGAGAUCUACUUUGUGGGACCAAAUGCCAAAAAGAGACCGGCAGUGGCAGGGGGCUCUAACAACUGUGGAUAUGAUGAUGACCAAGGAGGUUAUGUCCAUGUGCCUCAUGACCACAUUGCCUAUCGUUAUGAGUUUCUCAAGGUAAUUGGUAAAGGGAGUUUUGGUCAAGUGGCAAAGGUCUAUGACCACAAGCUGCACCAGCAUCUGGCUCUGAAGAUGGUGCGCAAUGAGAAGCGCUUUCACCGGCAAGCUGCAGAGGAGAUCCGAAUCCUGGAGCACCUGAAGAAGCAGGAUAAGACCGGAAGCAUGAAUGUUGUUCACAUGCUGGAGAACUUUACCUUCCGCAAUCACAUCUGCAUGACCUUUGAGCUGCUCAGCAUGAAUCUCUAUGAACUCAUCAAGCGCAAUAAGUUCCAGGGUUUCAGCCUGCCUCUGGUGCGCAAGUUUGCCCACUCCAUUUUGCAGUGCCUGGAGGCUCUGCAUCGCCAUAAGAUUAUCCACUGUGACUUGAAACCAGAAAACAUUCUGCUCAAGCAGCAGGGUCGAAGUGGCAUCAAGGUCAUUGAUUUUGGCUCCAGCUGCUUCGACCAUCAGCGUGUCUACACAUACAUCCAGUCCCGAUUCUACCGGGCUCCAGAGGUCAUCCUGGGCUCACGCUACGGCAUGCCCAUAGACAUGUGGAGCUUUGGUUGUAUUCUAGCGGAGCUCCUGACAGGCUACCCACUCUUCCCUGGUGAGGAUGAGGGAGACCAGCUUGCCUGCAUGAUGGAACUCCUGGGUAUGCCUCCUCAGAAACUGUUGGAACAGGCCAAGCGUGCCAAGAACUUCAUCAACUCCAAAGGCCAUCCACGUUACUGCACCGUCACUACACUUAGCAAUGGCACUAUUGUGCUGAAUGGGAGUCGCUCUCGUCGGGGGAAGAUGCGAGGUCCUCCAGGCAGCAAGGAAUGGGUGACUGCCCUCAAGGGCUGUGAAGACCCUACUUUCAUUGACUUUCUGAAGAAGUGUCUGGACUGGGAACCUACUACACGCAUGACACCUGUCCUAGCGUUACGACACCCCUGGCUCUACAAGAGACUUCCUAAGCCUGUGCCUGGGGGGGAGAAGACCUCGGUUCCCAAGCGGAUUACUGAACACAGCACCUCCUUUCCCAGUAUCAUCUCUAAGGUGCCCCCUGUAAUGGGCCAAACCAACAACAAACUGCGGACCAACAUGAUGGGGGACUCCAGUGGGAGUAUACCGUUGCGUCCAGUGUUACCGAAGCUCGUUUCACAGAGCUGAUUUAUUCAGGAAUAAAGAGAACAUUGUAGCAUAGUUUUUAGAGGUGGAUUUUAUUUGUUUAUGUUUUGUUUUUGAAAUAACGAGUGUCAGUGCUCAGUGUUUUGACUUUUCACAAAGUAACAUACGUACAAAAAAAAGCUUAAAUUUUAUAAGGAGUUAAAGAAUACUUUUUUUUUCUUCAGAUGGCCUUUCAAAAGGUAUUUGAAAAUUUUACAUUUUUUUAAACACUUUUUUUCUGGAGUGGAAUGCUAUUGAAGUGGGUGGGAUAUGCUGUUUUCCUUCUGGGGUUUACACUAUCGUUUCUGCUAAGACAAACUUGAACUUAUGCAAGUCUAAGGGCUGUGUUUUAGAGGUGUACUUUUAAGGACUUUUAAAAAAGAUUAAAUCUUAAUUAUCUCAAAAAAAAAAAAAACAUCCAGCAACAAGAACAAAAAGCCCAACACUCAAUGGAAUACCCAGAGUUAAAAAUGCCAACAAAUUGAUUAUUUGAUGUAUUAUUUUAGCAGUGCUAGAAAUAUUACCUUUGUGGUUUUCCAUUUUAUCUGUUCUCUUCUCAGUAUCUGGCAUUGCAGGGUGAGUCAUGAGAAAGCAAUGACUUGCUUGGCUGCUUUAGGCCAAAACUUUGUGCAUGGCCAGAAAGCUUGAGGAUUAGUGGCAGUCCAAGCAGUUCCUUGUUUGUAGCUCUGAGGUUUUCAUUUCUUUCUUUUCCCAUUUCUUCUUCAUUGAGGUUGUUGCAUAAGAGAAAAUUUAUGCUAUAUAGCGAGUAAUGAGAAAGUUAGUUUUGGUUGGGAGUGGUAGAAUAUGGCACACCACUGAGUUUUACUGACCUGUGUUGGCUGCUGGUGGUCACAAUGCUCUUUGAAGGUCUGUUAUAGCUAGAAGUUACCUAGAUAGUUUUACAGGAACCUCUGUGUUUAAUUUUGAAAGAUGUCAGUCUGGUUUGACUUGGUAAGAAGCAUCACAGCUCAGCCUGUAUGUGGAAAUGGAGUCUUUCAAGCAGUGUUUCUGCUAGGAAGAGAGAAAAUAGUCAGUCCCCUCCUCCAAAGUUCAGAGGCAGGAUAUUCAGUGGGUAAUUCCCAUUGACUCCUUACUGAUUCAGCUCAAAAGCAUACUGCUGUUGGGUUGUCUGACACGGCUCUACACUGUGACCUAUUUUUCUUCCCUUGUGUUUUCCACUCUCUUUCAGGUUAUUGCACUAGAAGCUUCCUCUCCUUACACUCAAUUUCUUGACAGUACAGCUCAGAGCUCACGUAGCCACUCAAUCUGUGUUGAGUUAAAACAGCACUUAUGUGCAUCUGCAAGCUGGCCAUUUCCUGUUAAAGAGGUUUCUGCUGGCUAUAUGUUAUCCGUUUGAACCCGGUGUCAGAACAGCUUGAGAGAGAUGGACGCAUUUGUUGUUCAUGCAGGUUUAAAGGGCUUUGAUUAACAUUGCAGGAGAUGUAACAGAAGCAUAUUUGUUGACACUGCCAUGAUUUUUAUCACACCUACUGGCUGUGAACUGACAAUGAAUGCUUAAAGACUAAUUGUUACAAGGCAAAGACACUAUUUUAAGAAUGUGAAAGGUGCUAACCCUAUGGCCCUCACACAUAUAUGCCAAGCAUCUGUGUGUUCUCAGGACCAAGGUUUUGGUAGAAACGGAAACCACAAAAGUGGUUAUAAAAAUCACUGCCAUAGAGCUUUUUAUCUUAGCUGUUUUCUAUAUACAUGCAGUGCUAGUCGAGUCAAAAUACCUCUUUCUCAGGUCUUAGUAUGCACCCAUUAAGCAUGUGUGAUCCAUUAUAGUGAUAAUUAACUGGUACAAAGAAUCCACACAAACUGGCCUGUAAUAAAUUCAGAUGGCUGUAGCCCUACCUGUUGUUGUAGGGACAAGCAGAGACUAUUACUUGCUGCUUAGCCUGUCCUAAACAGGGAAUCAAGACCAGUUGAUUCUUUUCAAUCAAUAAUGAGCUCUCUUAAGUAGUCCAGCUGGGUCAAUGCCCUAAUGGAUCAUAUCAGGUAAAAAUGGAGAUGUGAAAGUACCUUUUGUGAGAGUUUGCUAGUCUACCUCUUCUUUCCAAAGCAACAUUUGCUUCUGACAAGCUCAAAUAAAGCAACAGCAUCUCUCCCUCCCUCUCUUUGGUCUCGGUGUCCCUGCUUGUUAGCUUUAGCAUAAAUAUUUCACCAGCGCCCUCGUUGACACAUCCAUCUCUCGCCUCUCCCACUCAUGGUGCACAGCCCUCUAUGUGGAGGGAACUCUACUCCUGUGCCUUUAGCCAAGCACUUGAGUUAAUCGCUUAGGCUCAGCACAGGCUUGCUAUUGUCUCUUUUCCAACUUCUACAGUCAGGGUUUUGUACUUCUUUAAUUUCUCCUUUUAUAGAGUCAACAUUUUUACUGCUUUUGCAAGUUUUCAAUGAAGUUUGAAGAGUUUCGGGAAAAGAGAAGCAAGUCAUUUUCCUCCUGUGACGUGUGUAUUUGUAUAGACUGUUGGCUAUGUUGUUCAUAGCAUGAAAAAAAAAUUCAAAAGGACUGAAUAAUGAGACUUCACUGAUGAGUGGUGAUGAGAACUGUGUAUGUAAAGUAACCAAAUGAGCUUGUAUUAGUUUUUUUUGGUUUUUUUUUAAGAGGAAUAAAAUUGACAUUAACUGAAA